AAAAAACAGUUGAAGGUGGCGGAGUUUUUGUUUAGUGGUUUGUUGUUGGGAACAAAAGAAUCCUUCGUUUAAUGUGUGUGGAGCAUUUUGAUUAAAAACAUUUGCAAAUUUUUAAACAAUUUACGUCUUGGUGUUUUGUUAAGUGAUAUAUAAAUGUGAAACAACAAUUGAUUUACACGUCAAAUAAGGUGUCACACAAAAACAAAAAUUAACCUAAAAAAGUGGGACAAAGACCUCGGUCGACAUGUCUGGAAAAAAUUCCAUACAAGUGGGCAUUAAAGUGCGGCCACUGCUGAAAAAGGAAAAGGAUCAGCAGCCGCUGUGGCGUGUAGUGAAUAAUUCCAUUCAACAAGUGGAUUCACAAAGCGAUCCAUAUUAUUUUGAUCACAUCUUUGAUCAGGAUGCCACAAAUCAGCAGAUAUUCGAUAAAAUGGCCAAACAUAUUGUUCAUGCGGCGAUAAAAGGUUUUAAUGGCACAAUUUUUGCCUAUGGUCAAACAUCAUCAGGUAAAACCUAUACUAUGAUGGGGGAUGAAGAUAAUCCUGGCGUUAUGGUAUUAGCCGCCAAGGAUAUUUUUCGCGAACUUGAACAACUAUCUGUACAUAGACAAUUUCUUCUCAGAGUUGGAUACAUUGAAAUCUACAAUGAGAAAAUUUUCGAUUUACUCGAUAAGAAAAAUCAGGAUUUAAAGAUCCAUGAGACCGGCAAUGGUUUAAUCACGGUAAACUGUGAAGAACGUAUUAUAACCUCUGAAGAGGAUCUGCUGUAUUAUCUAACGCAGGGUAGUAAGGAACGUACUGUUGGCGAGACCAAUAUGAAUGAACGUUCCAGUAGAUCUCAUGCCAUAUUUCGUAUUAUAAUUGAGUCACGAAAAGUGGAUCGCAGCGAAGACGAUGCCGUCAUACAGAGCGUUCUCAAUCUCGUCGAUUUGGCCGGUUCAGAACGGGCCGAUCAAACUGGGGCUCGUGGAACACGUCUUAAAGAGGGAGGACACAUUAACAAAAGUCUUUUGUUUCUUAGUAAUGUUAUUAAACGUUUGUCCGAAAAUGAAGAUGAUAAAUACAUUAGCUAUCGCGAUUCGAAGCUAACACGUAUUUUACAAGAUUCCCUGGGUGGCAAUGCUUUGACAGCAAUUAUAUGUACAAUAAAACCAACAGCCAUUGAAGAGACUCAAUCCACAUUGAGCUUUGCAAUGCGCGCCAAAAGUAUUAAAAAUAAGCCACAAGUUAAUGAAACUGUUUCUGAUGCCACAAUGAUGAAACGUUUAGAACGUGAAGUUAAAAUGUUACGUCUACGACUGGCCGAAGAACAAAAGAAAAACGAAAGUCAAAUAAAAGUGCGUCAAUUGGAACAACGCAUACGAAAUGAAGAUUUGAAAAUUAUUUCCUGCAAUUCGUUGCAUAGAAAUCGUGAAAAGCGGCGUCGGACAUGGUGUCCAUCGUCAAAUUUAAAUACAUCAAAUAUACCUUCUGCAUUGCCGGUUCCAUCGGCACUACCGGUACCUUCAUUCCAUAAUGGUGCGAAUAAUGGUGGUGCACCCCCAUCUCGUCUUCAACCACCAAAGUCAUUUUAUUUAACGCCAUUGAUUACAUGUAGACCCACAGAGCCACCGCCAGCUCCCAAGCUAUCAUCCGGAGAAAUUAUUUCAGAAAUCGAUGAAGAAUUUGCACCGGCUGAAAUGAUCAAUUUCGAUAGAUUAUCACCGUUGUUAACACCCAAAACGAACAUGCCACGUUGUAGCAUGACACCCAAAGUUACAUCGAAUUCAAAAUUAACUUUAGAAUCCGUUGAACAAGAUUUGAUGGAAUUGCAAAGCUUUACUAAUUUGGAGGAUCGGUAUGAGGUUCAACAUGAAACGGAUUUAUCAUUGAAACAAAUGGUCAACUCAUUAACGAAUCGCAUAUCAUUGCUUGAAAGUGAACGAAUCGAAUACAUUCAACUAAAAGAUGAAAUUACAGUUACACGAGAACAUUUAACUGAGUAUGAAACUAAAUGUGAUGCCCUUCAAAUACAAGUCAGCAAACUAACAUCAGCCAACAAGAGUGCCAACGAGAAAAUAGCCAAAUAUGAAACGGAAUUGGCUGUACUAAAGAAAACCAAUGAAAAAUUGGAAAUGGAAAAUCGUGAAGCUGUAAAUAUAGAAUUUGAAUUUGAAAGACACAAGAACAAAGCAAAACUACGCGAAAACGAGCUGCUUGAAGCUCUCAAAGACAAAGAACGUGAGGUGACACAACUGGAGAAAUCCUUGAAGACAGUUGCCAAUGAGAAAUUUACCAAUUCCAAAGAGGAACUAUUGCAACUAUCACUAACCGAAUCGAAAAUCGAUGAGAACGGUAAAAUAUGUGUUAAAUGCGAAGACCUACAACGUUUGCUAGCCGACAACGAGAAGGUCACACAAGAAUUUACCAAACUCACUCUGGAAUAUGAACAGUUGCGUAUCAACUAUCAAGAGAUCGAAAAGGACAAUCAAGAAUCUAAAUUGAAAAUUGAAGAGCUAGAAGAAUUGCAGAGACGCGAGAGAAGUGAAUGUGAGAAACUGCAAAACGAUCUGCAAGUACUGCGCGAAAAACUACAAGACAUACAAAGGGAAUACGAGCAAGUGAGCUCGGAAAAUUCUUCAAAAACCGAAGAAUGUAUGGCCUUAAAUCAUCAAGUCGAGUUGGCAAGACAAGAAAUGGUGGUGUUGCAAGAGAAAUACAAUAGUUUGGAACUAUCAUGGCAAGAACAACAACAAUCUCUGAAGGAUAUAGAACAACAAUAUGCUGAAAUCGAAAACAAAUAUAAACAUUUGCAAUUAGAAUAUGAACAAUUGGAGGAGAGUAGCAAGGAUCAGUCGUCGGCAACGAAAACAGAUUGUGAACGCCUGCAAAGGGAAAACAUAGAAUUGCAAAGUGAAAUUGUGGAACUGAAACAUAAAGUUCAAGAUGUCCAACAGCAACUACUGGAGAGAGGUGUGGCAGCUGCGGCAGAAGAAAAGGAGAAGGAACAGCCGCAAGAUGGUGGUGAGGAAGAAGAAGGAGAACAGAUUCCAAAUGGUAAUGCGACGACGGAUACAUCAAAUCUUCUUAAAGAAAAUGAGCAGCUCAAAUCCCAACUUUUGGAUUUACAAACACAAUUUGAUGGUUUGCAAAGGGAAUAUGAUGAUCUAUCCAAUCAGCUAAUGGACAACCUUCAGGAGAGUGAUACUCUCAAAGAACAAAAUACCAAAUUGGAACAAGAAGUAAAGGUCCUGAAACAAAACUCCGAGGAGGUUUCAAAGGCAGAAGCCGAAAUCUGUGAAUUGAAAUCUCAGUUGGAACGGGUUUUGUCCAGUGAACGUAGAUCUAUGCUUUGUACACCAUCGCCUGGACGUAAUUCUUCAAUGCGUAGCUCUGGUGUUUGCAUAGAAGAAGAAUAUGGGGAAUUUGAGGGUAGCCCUUGCCCUGAGGAUGAUUUGCUAAAGAAAUUCCAACAACUUUCCGAAUCGUUGACACAAAUCGAGCUGGAACAUCAAAAUGGCCAGAGGAGGAUCUUCAAGACCCCCAAAAACCAGGCUGGCUCCUCACAAACGCCAAACUACAAAUUAUAUUUGCGCAAUAUAAGCGGUGUAAAUAAAAUCCAAAAGAAUUUCCUAGACGAAAUGGAAAAUAUUCAACUGCAGGGUUCAUUUAAACAACAUUCAUUCCACAUUGUGGAAUUAAAUGCUGAACAGCAGCGUGAGAUGGAUGAGGAAGAGAAGAAGGGGGAGGAACAGUCAAACGAAGGAGCAAGAACGGCGAAUAAUUGUGAUGAUGCCGAAACAAAUGGUUGUGAAAAUUGCAUGGAAUUCAUAGUCCGACUUCGAGAGCAAAUAUCCCAAUUGCAAUUGUUAAAUGAUGAGGAACGCCAGAGUAAUAAGUCUUUAUUGGAGAAUACCGAACGUACCCUAAGCGAAAUGCGUGAGCAAAUUAACCAACUGUCAGCUGAGCUUUUGGAAAAAUCGAUAUUUGUGGAAAGAUGUGCCUGUAAGACAUAUCAACAGCAAAUUGAAACACUGGAAAAAGAAAAGGCUGACAUGACGGUGGUGUUUGAGGAGCUGCAAGAAAAAGUCAAUAACUGUACAUUUGAUUCAUCCAUGCUCAUGAUGAAUUGUACUCUGAAUGGCGAGACUAAAUCGUUAGCACCUCCUGUGGUUGGCGAUUUACGCAAAGAACUGGAACAAUUGCAAGCCAAAGAGCGGGAAAUGUCCGAGACAUUGGAAAGCCAAACUAUUAUGUUGGAAGAGUUAACCCAACGUAACCUUGAUCUUGAAUCAGAUAUGAAAACAGCCCAAGAUCAAUACGAAGAAAAGGAGAAAGAAUACAAGGAACGUUGCAAUCAAUUGCAAUUGGAAAUGUUGGAAAAAUUGGAAGUGUCCGCCAAUGAAUAUAGGGAUAAUAUGAAAAAAUACAACAAGGAAUGGGAGGAUAGAAAGGAUGCUUAUGAGGCCACCAUCAGAGAACAAGAGGAGCAGCUGCAACAAUUGAAACAGGAGCAAGAUGAAACCACAAAGCGAGCCCAAGAGCUGCAAGAACAAAUGGAAAAAGUGAAAAACGAAUACAAUCAAUUGCAAAGUGAAUAUUUGCAAUCCAAAGAUGAAGGAGGCGACGGAGAUCAUGUUAGAACAAUGGAGGAGCUAAUAAAUCUCAAAACACAAUACUCUGAAUUGCAAACCCAACGUGAAGAAGCCUUGCAGCAACUCAAGCUGGCAGAGGAAACAUGUCAAUCCGUUAAAGUUGAAUUACAACAACUGACACGAAACUUUGAAGAAUUGCAGGUUCAGCGUUUGCAACUUCAAGAACAAUGUCGUCAACAAGAAGAAGCUUUGAGAGAAUAUGAAGCGGAACAACACAACAAAGAUCAGCUGCAGAAGCUGCAACAUGAAUAUAAUACGAUGCAUUCCCAAUUACAACAGGCCUUGAAUGAGAUGAAAGAAAAGGAAGACAUAUCUCAAAAGUCCAAACAAGAACUUAAAGAAGAGAGAGAAAAACUUACACAACUGCAAUCUGAAUAUCACGGAAUCCAGGAAGAAAAGAAUCUUUUGGAAAAAGAAUUUGAAAAUCUUCAAGAACAUAGAACACAAUUGCAAUUGGAAUUGGAUAGAGCAAUGGAAACCCUCAAAGAAAAUGAAGAAAUGUCCACGGCUGUUAGUCAAGAAUUGGUGAAAAUGAGGCAACACUUUGCCACAAUGGAGACACAGAACUUCGAUUUAGAAAAUCCUCCAAAAUCUUCCAGUGAAAUCUUUAAGGAACUACAAGUAUAUUUAGAUAAGGGAGUCGUUCUCUUGAAAGAGAAAGUAGAACUCGAUCAGCAAUUACUUCAGCUCAGAGAAGACUACAAACAAUUGAACGAAAAACACAAUGAAAUUGUUAAAGAAAAGCUAACACUUUGUGAUGAAAAAGAAGAGAUCCAAUUAAAACUUUCCCAGUUAGAGGAAAAGCUCAAUGGAAACGAGGCUCAUAAGGACGUCUUACAACAGCUAACGGAGGAAAAAGAUCAAUUGGCUAUGGAACGUCAACAGAUUCUACAAAAGCUACAGCAAGCUGAAAUUCAAAUCCAAGAAUAUUGUAAAGAAGAUUCAGCCCGAGAGGAACUGAUACAAACAUUCCAAGCUAAAAUUGCCACAUUAGAAGCUUUGCAGAAUGAAAAAGAUGAUUUUGAUAGUCAAAAAUCUGAAUUGAAUGGUAAACUUGAAAGGUUAAUUGAGGAAAAGGAAAGUCUUGAGAAAAAGCUAACCGAGCUACAAGAAGCCAAUGAAAAUCAAGAAAAACUAUCCGACAUGCAUUUAAAUACUUUGAGGGAGGAAAAGUCUGCAUUGGAAGAACAAAAAAUGCAAUUGGAAGAACAGUUAAAGAAAUUGGAGUCUGUGGUGGAAGAGAAAACAUCUUUGGAAAAUCGCUUGGCUGAGCUUUCAGAGCUCGAAAUUGAAAAGGCAUUGCUAGAAGAUAAGCUACAAGCCAUGACAACUGUGAUAGAAGAGAAGACCUCCCUGGAAACUAAACUUGCCGAGCUAAGUGAAGAAAAAUCAUUGCUGGAGGAAAAACUCAAAACUUUCGAAACUGUUGUUGAAGAAAAGUCGGCUUUAGAGGCUGCGCUUAAAGAGCUGCAAUCACAAAGGGUUGCCUUGGAGGAUCAAGUGAAGAUUUUGGAAUGUGUGAUGGAAGAAAAAUCUUCGCUGGAAUCAAAAGUCAAUAAGCUUUCCGAGAUGGAAAAACAAAAAAUGCUACUGGAAGAAAAUGUUAAAAAUUUGGAAGCUGUUGUAAAAGAAAAGGACGCAUUAGAAGAACAAAUUCAAACAUUACGCGAGAUUGAUGAAAAACACCAAGAAGAAAAUCAAAAACUAAAGAGUGAAUAUGAAGAACUGCAACAAAGAAUUAAAUCAUUAGAAGAGCAGUUGCAGCUGGUUCAAGUUGAAAAAGAAAAACUGCAGGAAGAAUUGCUGCAACUUAAUGAUAAAAUUGCCAGCAAAAAUGAGGAGCUCAGCGCCUUUAAUGAGAGAGAAAGCACACAAUUAAAGGCAUACGAAGACUUACAAACAGCUCUGAAUACACUCACAACCACAAGUUCAAACUUGGAAUUGGAGAAGUGUAAUCUAGAGCAACAACUUCAACAAUGUAAUACUGAAUUACAAAUGUUGAGAGGCGAACAGGGUGCUCUCGAAACUCAGUUAAGCCAAUUAACUGAAGAGAAAAAAUCUCUCUCUGAAAAGUGUUGUCUACUUGGCGAAGAAGUGGCCACGCUCAAGGAUCAGUUGAAAUGUCUAAAAGAAAAGGAAAAGGUUGAGGAGUUACUUGAACAAAUGAUUCAAGAAAAGGCUGACCUGUCACAGAAUUUACGUUUAACCAAUGAGAAACUGGAAGCCAAACAGCAAGAACUUGAUUUGCUACAACAACAAUUCGAUGCUAAUACCCGGCAAAUGGAAAUGCUGAAGAGCUCCCUUAGUAGUGCCAGCAAGAAGAAUGAAACUCUUGAACUGGAACUGCAAAAAUAUCAACAACUCGCAGAGGAAAAAUCGAAAUUGGAAGCCUCCAUUGUUGAUCUCAAAAAUGCGCAUGCUGAAAGGCUGUGUUCUCUGCAACAAGAACGUGACACCAUACAAAUCACAAUCAGCAAAUACGAACGUGAUAUUUCCCAAUACAAACAACAGGAAAAUACCUUUAGCCAAAAGAUUGAAAAACUCUCCCAAGAAUUGCAUGAAACUCGUUCCAAAGCCAAGUCGUAUGAAACACUUCUCGUCGAACAUGAAGAAGUUGAACGUUCCCUCAACGUUGCAAUGCAACAAACGACAGAUCUCUCAAAUGAAAUUAAAAAUCUUAAAUCUUUGAUGGCCUCCAAUGCCCAAUUGCAUGAAGAAACAAAUCGCAAGCAAACCGAACAAAUUCAGCAGCUUGAAUUACAGUUAUUACAAGCUUCCAAUUCGGAAAGGGAGUUGCUAUCAAAGCUUACCACCCUCCAAGAACAAUUGCAGUCUCAACAAACCUCAUUGCAGCAUGAGACAAUUGAACUGAAGAAUUCGCUGGGUGAACUUCAAUUGAAAUACACCUCUUUACAAACAUCAAAUGAACAGCUCCAAAGCGUAAAUCAACAAUUGGAACAACAACUGCAUGAAGCCAAUCUCAAACUGCAAGAAGGUGCAAUGUUGCAAAAUCAACUGGCCGCCCUAAAAACGGACUAUGUUGAAAUGCAACGUAAAAUGGAAGCCACCGUUGAGGAGGCUGGACGUUGCAGUCGUAAUUUACGUGAUGACCUACAGCAUCAUAAGGAUCUGUUGGACCGUCAGCUGGAAAGCUAUAAUGCCUUGCGAACAGAGAUGGAUCUUAAAGAACGCGCAUUUGAUGAGGAAAAACAACAACUUACCAACACCAUCGAAACCCUUCAAGCAACCACAACAUCUUUGGAAGAGAAAAUACGUGAAAUUACCAUCAACAAUUUGAAUUUGGAACGACAAAGCCUGAAUACAUCAGGCAACACUUCCAUGGAUGUGGCCAAUACCUCUUCCAGUUCUCCACGACCACGAAAGAGUUUAGAUGCACUAAAUAUCAGCGAUAAACGUAAAAACAGACGCUUGAGCACAUUCGAUGAACGGCGAUGUGGUAUAACUCAGGAAAAAGAAACGAUGACCGAUCCAAUGGUUGCAUGCAAAUGCGAAGAACUGGAUCGAAAGCUAAAAGAAUGUGAACGUAAUUUGUUCAUACGCGAAAGUCAGGUCACCGCCUUGAGUAUGGAAUUGAAAAACCAUCCAUUGAAAGAUGAAAAGGCCGCUCUAAUGAAACGUCUGCAAGAGGAACAAGAAAAACUAAAGCGUUACAAACAAAAAAUCUAUGAACAAACACAAAAAACUGAAAAGGCCAUGGCCGCAUUGGCACAAGUUCAGGCUCAGUUACAAGCACAAGCUGCGGAAAAGAAAGCUGCUACAACGUCAUCGGAAUCCAAUAAUACACCUGUGAUAGUGGUCGCAGACACAGUGGAUGUUGAGACACAAACAGAUGGUGAUAUUAGCACUUCAUUUAAUACCUUGCAAGGCAAAUAUAAUGAUUUGAUAAAUAUUUGUCGCUAUCGCAAAGAUCGCAUUAAAGAAUUGGAAGAAAGAAUUUCACAAAAAGAAAAUACCGAUGGAAAUUCAAUGAAUACGUUAGAGGCGACACAAAUGAAGAUGUUGAAGAGUCAGUGCGAUUCAAUGAAGAAAGAACUAAAUCUUCUCCGAGAGAAAUAUGAAAAUGCAAAAAUUGUUCUACAUACACGCCGUGAAGAAAUCCAGAGACUGCGCUCACAACUUGGGCAAUCCUAAUCUAAAUCUAAGUGGCAUUUAUUACUGUGUAAUUUGUUUUAUAAUCAUUUACAAUUGUUGGGUCUUCCGAGCUGGCCGGGGAUCCCUCCACCCCCAUUUAAAUAAUCUAUGUAAUUUUUUGUCUAGUGUACUUAAAUUUAGUUAUUGCACUUGUCACUAAAAUAGAAUAUGUUUGAAUUGUUUGCAAUUUUUAUAUAUACCAUGUUGAAUAAGUAAUGAAUACUACUAUUAAUUAUGUUUGUUCUUUUUGUUUUAUUCUUGUGAAAACAAAUGCUGGUCCUCCCAAAUUUCAAUGCGUUCUCCACUUUCUCGUCCCCCAUGAAAAAAAAAAAAAAAACAAAA